CAGUCUGGGGGCUUCAUGGCGUCAUGGUGAAAACAUAUAAAUGGUACCGGUCAUUCGAUGGCAGCCGCUGGCAUCAAGUAUUAAAGUAUCACAAAGCUUAAGAGCAGAGUACACACUACUAUACCUUUGUAUAGCUAUUGCCUAAUAGUAAAGACGGCAGUUUGAAAUGGCACCUUCAACCCAACAGCAAUGGACCGUUGAGGGUAAAGAUGGUUUCGACUCCUUGAAAUUCACAGAGGAUGCUGAAGUUCCGAAGCCCGGACCCAAUGAAGUGCUCAUCAAAUUCCACGCCGCUAGCUUGAACUACAGAGAUCUUAUUAUUCCAAAAGGAAUGUACCCCUUCGGCCAGAGAGACGGUGUCGUCCCAGCUUCAGAUGGUGCUGGAGUAGUCGACGCUGUGGGCGAGAAGGUCACACGCUUCAAGAUUGGCGACAACGUGACAACGCUGUUCAACGCGGGUCAUCUCGCUGGUGCGCUGGAUCCGAUCUCGGCCAAGACUGGCCUGGGUGGUCUCGUCGAUGGAGCUCUUCGACAGUACGGUGCCUACAACGAGCAAAGUGUUGUUGCCGCUCCGCAGAACCUCAACUUCAUGGAGGCGGCCACUCUCCCGUGUGCGGGUCUGACUGCGUGGAACGCCCUCUAUGGCAUUACAGGUAAGCAGUUGAAGGCUGGUGACUGGGUUCUUACACAAGGCACUGGUGGUGUCAGUAUAUUUGCUCUUCAGUUCGCCAAAGCCGCAGGAGCCAGAGUAAUCUCUACUACAUCGUCCGCAGAAAAGACUCAAACUCUCAAGCAGCUCGGCGCCGACCACGUGAUCAACUACAAGGAGAACCCCAACUGGGGCGAAGAAGCUGCAAAGAUUGCGGGUGGCGGUGGUGUGCAUCAUAUCCUUGAAGUUGGGGGCCCAACUACCAUGGCGCAGUCCCUCAAGGCGAUUCGUAUGGAGGGAACCAUCAGCAUCAUAGGAUUUCUUGGUGGUGGAAAGGCUGAGAAGCAACCCACAUUCCUGGAUGCAUUGACGAAUGUAGCGACAAUUCGGGGCCUGCUGGUUGGCUCAAGACUGCAGUUUGAGGAGAUGAAUGCCGCGAUUGAGGCCAACAAUAUCAAGCCGGUCGUCGAUGAGAAAGUGUUUGGUCUGGAGCAGGCUAAGGAAGCAUAUCAGUAUAUGUGGGAUCAGAAGCAUUUUGGUAAGCUUACGAUCAAGAUAGCCUGAAUGUGUUCGAAUGAUUGCGGUAGUAUUGUAGUACCUCAGCUGGUUGUGACGGUUUUGGGCGGCUCUAGGCGACGUGGCCUAUGUUUGUGAUACAAAGAGGUCUAAUUCUCAUGAAAUCAAACUCUCUUGACGGGUCAUCCAUCCUGCAUGCUGGCUAGGCCUCCAGCCUCCCAAGUGACAAUCCACGCUCUUCAGCCACAACAGGUAGGCACUGCACUCACUGUAGCUUUGGAACAUUGAGCAUUGCACAAAGCUCCUGAGAUGAAGCCGUGGCACAGUUCAAUUGGCGAACUGUACCUUGUAGUAGUUAUGACGUGUGACUAGGCGGAAGGUUGAUGGAUGCUGCGUUGGUGCAUUG